GGCCACUGCGCGCCUUAUAAGAGGUCCUUGUGCGGCGCCAUUUUAAGCCUCUCGGUCUGUGGCAGCUGCGCUAGCUCGGCCCUAGAAGCAGAGAGCGAGGGGAGGCGGAGACGGAGGAAGGUCCGAGGAGCAGCUCCAGUCCCCGCCGAGCCGCCACCGCAGGCCGAGGACGGUCGGACUCCAGCGGCGGGAGGAGCCUGUUCCCCUGAGGGUAUCUGAAGCACACCAUACAACGGUUUUGAAAAUCCCGUGUGGGCAAUGGCUACCCAAGCUGAUUUGAUGGAGCUGGACAUGGCCAUGGAGCCAGACAGAAAAGCGGCUGUUAGUCACUGGCAGCAACAGUCUUACCUGGACUCUGGAAUCCAUUCUGGUGCCACUACCACAGCUCCUUCUCUGAGUGGUAAAGGCAACCCCGAGGAAGAGGAUGUGGAUACCACCCAAGUCCUGUACGAGUGGGAACAGGGCUUUUCUCAGUCCUUCACUCAAGAACAAGUAGCUGAUAUUGAUGGUCAGUAUGCGAUGACACGAGCUCAGAGGGUGCGAGCUGCUAUGUUCCCUGAGACCCUAGAUGAGGGCAUGCAGAUCCCAUCUACACAGUUUGAUGCCGCUCAUCCUACUAACGUCCAGCGUUUGGCUGAACCAUCACAGAUGCUGAAACAUGCAGUUGUAAAUUUGAUUAACUAUCAAGAUGAUGCAGAACUUGCCACACGUGCAAUCCCUGAACUGACAAAACUGCUAAACGAUGAGGACCAGGUGGUGGUUAAUAAGGCUGCAGUUAUGGUCCAUCAGCUUUCUAAAAAGGAAGCUUCCAGACACGCCAUCAUGCGUUCUCCUCAGAUGGUGUCUGCUAUUGUACGCACCAUGCAGAAUACAAACGAUGUGGAAACGGCUCGCUGUACUGCUGGGACCUUGCACAAUCUUUCUCAUCAUCGUGAGGGCUUGCUGGCCAUCUUUAAGUCUGGGGGCAUUCCUGCCCUGGUGAAGAUGCUCGGUUCACCGGUGGAUUCUGUAUUAUUUUAUGCCAUUACAACUCUCCACAACCUUUUAUUGCAUCAAGAAGGAGCUAAAAUGGCAGUGCGUUUAGCCGGUGGGCUGCAGAAAAUGGUUGCCUUGCUCAACAAAACAAAUGUUAAAUUCUUGGCUAUUACAACAGACUGCCUUCAGAUUUUAGCUUACGGCAAUCAAGAAAGCAAGCUGAUCAUCCUGGCUAGUGGUGGACCUCAAGCUUUAGUAAAUAUAAUGAGGACCUACACUUAUGAGAAACUACUGUGGACCACGAGCAGAGUACUGAAGGUGCUCUCUGUCUGCUCUAGUAAUAAACCAGCUAUUGUAGAAGCAGGUGGAAUGCAAGCUUUAGGGCUUCACCUGACAGAUCCAAGUCAACGUCUUGUUCAGAAUUGUCUUUGGACUCUUAGGAAUCUAUCAGAUGCUGCAACUAAACAGGAAGGGAUGGAAGGUCUUCUUGGGACCCUCGUUCAGCUUCUGGGCUCAGAUGAUAUAAAUGUGGUCACCUGUGCAGCUGGAAUUCUUUCUAAUCUCACUUGCAAUAAUUAUAAGAACAAGAUGAUGGUCUGCCAAGUGGGUGGUAUAGAGGCGCUUGUGCGUACUGUCCUUCGUGCUGGUGACAGGGAGGACAUUACUGAGCCUGCCAUCUGUGCUCUUCGUCAUCUGACCAGCCGACACCAGGAAGCAGAGAUGGCCCAGAAUGCUGUUCGUCUUCACUAUGGACUACCAGUUGUGGUUAAACUCCUGCACCCACCAUCCCACUGGCCUCUGAUAAAGGCUACUGUUGGAUUGAUUCGAAAUCUUGCCCUUUGUCCAGCAAAUCAUGCACCUCUGCGUGAGCAGGGUGCCAUUCCGCGACUAGUUCAGUUGUUGGUUCGUGCCCAUCAGGAUACCCAGCGCCGUACGUCUAUGGGCGGAACACAGCAGCAGUUUGUGGAGGGGGUCCGUAUGGAAGAAAUUGUUGAAGGUUGUACUGGAGCCCUUCAUAUCCUAGCUCGGGAUGUUCACAACCGAAUUGUAAUCAGAGGACUAAAUACCAUUCCAUUGUUUGUGCAGCUGCUUUAUUCACCCAUUGAAAAUAUCCAAAGAGUAGCUGCUGGGGUCCUCUGUGAACUUGCUCAGGACAAGGAGGCUGCGGAAGCCAUCGAAGCAGAGGGAGCCACAGCUCCUCUGACAGAGUUACUUCACUCUAGGAACGAAGGUGUAGCAACAUACGCAGCUGCCGUUUUGUUCCGAAUGUCUGAGGACAAGCCACAGGAUUACAAGAAACGGCUUUCAGUUGAGCUGACCAGUUCUCUCUUCAGAACAGAGCCAAUGGCUUGGAAUGAGACUGCUGAUCUUGGACUUGAUAUUGGUGCCCAGGGAGAACCCCUUGGAUAUCGCCAGGAUGAUCCCAGCUAUCGUUCUUUUCACUCUGGUGGAUAUGGCCAGGAUGCCUUGGGUAUGGACCCCAUGAUGGAGCAUGAGAUGGGUGGCCACCACCCUGGUGCUGACUAUCCAGUUGAUGGGCUGCCAGAUCUGGGGCAUGCCCAGGACCUCAUGGAUGGGCUGCCUCCAGGCGACAGCAAUCAGCUGGCCUGGUUUGAUACUGACCUGUAAAUCAUCCUUUAGGUAAGAAGUUAAAAAAAGCCAGUUUGGGUAAAAUACUUUUACUCUGCCUACAGAACUUCAGAGAGACUUGGUUGGUAGGGUGGGAGUGGUUUAGGCCUAUUUGUAAAUCUGCCACCAAAACAGAUACAUACUUUGAAAGGAGAUGUCUUAGAACAUUUGACUGUUCUCAGAUUUCUGGUUAAGUGGUCAUAUGUGGAAGUUAUUAACUUUAAUGUUUUUUGCCACAGCUUUUGCAACUUAAUACUCAAAUGAGUAACAUUUGCUGUUUUAAACAUUAAUAGCAGCCUUUCUCUCUUUAUACAGCUGUAUUGUCUGAACUUGCAUUGUGAUUGGCCUGUAGAGUUGCUGAGAGGGCUCGAGGGGUGGGCUGGUAUCUCAGAAAGUGCCUGACACACUAACCAAGCUGAGUUUCCUAUGGGAACAAUUGAAGUAAACUUUUUGUUCUGGUCCUUUUUGGUCGAGGAGUAACAAUACAAAUGGAUUUUGGGAGUGACUCAAGAAGUGAAGAAUGCACAAGAAUGGAUCACAAGAUAUGGAAUUUAUCAAACUCUAGCCUUGCUUGUUAAAUUUUUUUUAAAUAUCUGUAAUGGUACUGACUUUGCUUGCUUUGAAGUAGCUCUUUAAUUUUUUUUGCAGUAACUGUUAGUUUUUUAAGUCUCUCGUAGUGUUAAGUUAUAGUGAAUACUGCUACAGCAAUUUCUAAUUUUUAAGAAUUGAGUAAUGGUGUAGAACACUAAUUCAUAAUCACUCUAAUUGUAAUCUGAAUAAAGUGUAACAUUGUGUAGCCUUUUUGUAUAAAAUAGACAAAUAGAAAUGGUCCAAUUAGUUUCCUUUUUAAUAUGCUUAAAAUAAGCAGGUGGAUCUAUUUCAUGUUUUUGAUCAAAAACUUUAUUUGGGAUAUGUAUGGGUAGGGUAAAUCAGUAAGAGGUGUUAUUUGGAACCUUGUUUUGGACAGUUUACCAUUUGCCUUUUAUCCCAAAGUUGUUGUAACCUGCUGUGAUACGAUGCUUCAAGAGAAAAUGCGGUUAUAAAAGUGGUUCAGAAUUAAACUUUUAAUUCAUUCGA